ACCACAUGCGGAUUGGACGCACGGAUUGCGCGUUUGCUGCUAACAUGCCUGCACUUCAAGCUUUUGGCGUGUUUUAACCAACUUUUAUCGAGUAUUUGUGCGUAUUUUCAGCAUCGUUAUGGAGUAUUGGAGGCAAUGCACGCUGUGGUUAAUCAGCUGUAAGGUGCUGCCGCAGAACCACCGAGUGACAGCGGACACGGCGCAAGUGUUUGACCUGGCUCAGGCGCUCCGGGACGGGGUACUGCUCUGCCAACUCCUCAACAACCUCCGGCCCAACUCCAUCAACCUCAAGGACAUCAACCUGCGCCCGCAAAUGUCUCAGUUCCUGUGUCUGAAGAACAUCCGUACCUUCUUGACCUGCUGCUGUGAAGUCUUUGGGAUGAAGAAAUGUGACUUGUUUGAAGCAUUCGACCUUUUCGAUGUUCGAGACUUCGGAAUGGUUAUGGACACUCUUUCAAAACUGUCCCACACUGCCAUUGCACAACAACAAGGGUUCAAACCCUUUCCCACCGAGGAGAGUCUAGAAGAUGAGGACAUUUAUAACAACCUGGAGGACUUGAUUGAUGAGAAUGUCCCAGAGGAUGCAGAGGAGCUGUACACAGCGGUCUAUGGCCUUGAGGAAGACUACACAGGAGGAGAAAUUUAUGAAGACCUCAUGAGGACUGAUCUGCAGCCUAGUUUGCCGGCAGAAGUGGAUGUGCGGAGCUAUUGUCUGUCUGAGAUCAAACAGACUGAAGAAAAGUACACGGAAACACUGGAGUCAAUAGAGAAGUAUUUCCUGAAUCCUCUGAGGAACUUCUUUACUCCAAAUGAAAUGGAGAAAGUUUUCCUGAAUAUCCCAGACCUGGUUAGAUUACACAAGAGCCUGAUGGUUGAAGUUCAAGAUUCCAUACUCUUCAAAAAUGCCUUAAAUCUCUAUCAAAUUUUCAUCAGCUACAAAGAAAGGCUGCUCAUAUAUGGGAUCUACUGCAGUCGAGUGGAGAUAGCCAUCGCUGUGUUGGACCUGAUCUGCAAAGAGAAAGACGACGUUCGCCUGAAACUGGAGGAAUGUGCCAAAAGAGCCAACAAUGGGAAGUUCACCCUGAGGGAUUUGCUGGUGGUGCCGAUGCAAAGAGUUUUAAAAUACCAUCUUCUUCUACAGGAGCUUGUCAAACACACUUAUGACGCAUCUGAAAAGAACAACUUGAAACUGGCUCUGGAUGCUAUGAAAGACCUGGCUCAGUAUGUGAACGAGGUGAAGAGAGAUAAUGAGACUUUGAGGGAGAUCGACCAGUACCAGAGAUGUAUCGAGAACUUGAACCAGCCUCUUAUCACAUUUGGUCGGCCCAAAGGAGACGGAGAGGUGCGGCUGGUCUCAAAUGUAGACAAGAGGAGACAGGACAGGCAUAUUUUCUUAUUCGACAUUGCUGUAAUAAUUUGCAAAAGACGAGGGUACAACUAUGAGAUGAAGGACGUCCUGGAUCUGCACUGCUACAAGGUCACAAACAAACCCGCGUCUGACAGAGAGGGAAAAAAGUGGUGCCACGGAUUCUACAUCACCCAUCAACAGGGGCACACAGGCUUCGAGCUUUUCUUCAAAACAAGAGAACUCAAGAAGAAGUGGCUGGACCAGUUUGAGAUGGCCAUAUCAAAUAUUCGACCAGAAAAAGCCAACCACAACUACCACCACUUUAAAAUGCACACAUUUGAGAGGAUCAUGUCCUGCAGCUUCUGUCACCUGCUGCUCAGAGGCAUCUUUAACCAGGGCUAUCUGUGUCUGAAGUGUGGAGUCGGAGCGCACAAGGAGUGUCUCGGGCAACUGGGACUGUGUGGGAGAACAGACUGCGCCAAGACUCGGGCCAAGGAAAUUGGCAGCCCUCUGGAUCCAGGUUUACCCCGGAUGGUGGUGAUCAGAGACUACAGUGGAGUGCCCUGUCCUGAGUGCGGCCCUCCUCUGAGCAUCCACACAGGAGAUGUGAUUGAAGUCAUGUUUGCAGAUCUGCACAGCUCGUGGUGGCAGGGGAAAAUCCUGGCAACCAGCAGGAUUGGCUUCUUUCCCAGUGAUGCUGUAAGGCCCUGCCCCUGUGUUCCAAAACCAGUUGAAUACUCUGGGCAAUCAUGGUUUGCAGGACCCAUGGACAGGUCCCAGGCUGAAGAGGAGCUGCAAGAGAGAGACCACGGCACCUACCUGAUCCGAAACAGGAGCAAAGAAUGCACCGAGUACGCCAUCAGCAUCAAGUUCACAGAUAAAGUCAAGCACAUCAAGAUCCUGACCAAAGAUAACUGCUUUUACAUAGCAGAGGCCCGGCUCUUCAAGACUGUGCUGGAGCUGGUAGACUAUUACAAACAGCACUCUCUGAAGGAGGGCUUCAGCAGUCUGGACACCACUCUGCUCGUCCCCUAUAGGGAGCUGUCUAAUGGAAACAUGCCCAGGGUCAUUACCAAGGCUGCCACCGUUCCUCCAGACUUCUGCAGCUUCGUUCCUCCAGCAUCGUCGCCAUUUUGGUCAGUGUUUUGUCCUCGCGUGGUGGGCAUCGCUGUGGCUCGAUACGACUUCAGCUCCAGAGACACUCGGGAGCUGUCUCUGCUUCAAGGAGACAGCAUCAAAGUAUUCGCCAAAAUGUCCAAUGGCUGGUGGAAGGGAGAGGUGGACGGGCGGGUGGGCUGGUUUCCCUCGACCUACGUAGAAGAAGAGGAUUGACAUACAUCCCUCCACUGCACACUGUAAAAAUCUUUUAUUUUUAAAGAAAACUGAACUGGGCAACUUAACUCAAGUCAGCACAUCAAUGUCCUGGGGAAACCUUGUGCUGCCCUCUCUCAGACUUUGGAUGUCCGAUCACAGAGUACCAGUGCGCAUUUUGGUCUAUCUGGCCCGACCUGCCCUCCCAGCCUGGCCCCCAUGGCGUUAAGGGAAGUGCACCCAGGUACCCCCUACCUCCCUCCCUUCUCCCCCCUCUGUCCCACGCUCACCUUGUCCCUUUAUUGAUGUCUCCAUUGGCUGGUGUGAGCGCUGCCUCUGCUAGAUUCAGGUUUCCACAGCGGGAUAGGAGGAUGCUGCUGACUGGACAAUGCACUCCUGACUGCACCGCGUUACAUUGUAAAGUUUAUAGCCAUUGAACUGCUCUUAAGAGGGAAUGCUCCGGCAAGUCAAAUGUUUUACAACCUUUGCUAGGACUUUCUUCAUUUCUAAAACAAAAAAUGUAUUAGCUAUGGUGUUUUCAUAACAAUUAAGGGAUAGUAUGGUAUUAGAUAUACUAAAACUAAUAUCAAAUCUAGCUACUCAUUUGAGAAAGUAUCAAUGCAAAAAAAGUCAGAUUCAAAGGACAGAAAUGAACCUUUCCUGAAAAACUUUAGAAUGAUCUUGAGCUGUAUCAGAACAAGUAUAAGACACACAGACCACCUCACAGACCGGUAUGUCUGAUUUAGCUCUGUUUAUGUGAUUUAUAGCUAUUGCUACUACAUACUCAUUAAAAUUAGUAUCUAAUUUUGAUACUAGUUAUAUUGUAUCCAUUAGUGUCUGAUUUUUGGUAAUUUUCCCAACUUGAAUUAACAAUGGUCCAGAAAAAUGUAUACUUGGUAAUGGUAACCAUAAACAUAUUACAUUUAUUGGAAAAAGUCUUGCUGUGUCAUAGCAUACAGUACAUAGCUGCCUGUGUUAUAACAUACACAGAUACAGUAUGUGGGUGCUCUUUUAUUUGUAUUUUAUUUUAUCACAUGUGUGCUGCGACUAAACCCCAGGGCCACAGUGCAGCACAUAAUGUCAAUAAUCUUACCACUGUUCUCAAAGGAAAUGCACCAUUUCUAUGUUUCACUUCUUGCCUGACCAGCCAGUCCCUUCUACAUCCUGUUCAAAUCCAGAAAGGACUAGAACUGGACCAUAGAGCGUGAAAACCCUCCAUCCUAACUUGGGAACAUCCAAUCACAGCUGCUAAUUUGUAGCCAGUGUCUCUCAAAUGCAGGAGACAUUUGCUCUGGAAAAUUCUAGCGUCAUUCAGAACAAAAUCUAUAACUUAUUUUACCUGAAAUAACAGUUUGGUGCUUUGAUUGUUGAUACUGCAGAAACCACAAUGUUUUUCAGUCCUCUGUUGUUUUUCACCCUUUUUUACCUGUAAGCCUCCAUGUUUGUUUUUACCCGAACAAACAAGACUCCCGUUUGUGUAAAGUUUUGUUUUGCUGGACAGGUAACUCACUUUAUGUAUGUGUUAUUUAUUUAAUGUUAAUCUACCUGGCAAGUCAAAUGUUUUACGGGAAGUUUUCUAACCAAAACAUGUCAUUUUGGUUGCACGUAUACUGUAACUGUACUGAAUGGAUCAAUACAUACUUUAUUUAUAUUUCAACUUAAACUAUGUAAAGCUAUUAAACCAAGAGUGUUCAUAUAAUUCAAAUAUUACUUUAAGUUUAACAUUUUAACAAGCAAAACCUGACAAAAAUGACAAAAAUAACAUUAAAACAUUCAAUGAUUGAAAUAAUAUUUUUUCUACAGUGUACACCAGAACAAUUGAGUCAUUUUGGGUGUUUCCGUUUCACCCCUGUUCCAUGACCUUUGUAUAAAUGACUUACCCAGAGCCAAUUCAGAAGUGUUUGGAGAAAAGUGUUUGAAUUUUGGAGGAUCAUUUGCUGUGAGCCCCUCCAUCUUUUGAUCGUCCCUGGACCUUUUUUUCCAUUCAUCAUUUUCAGUGUUUAUUUUGGUUGGAGAAUGCCUGACUCAAUGGUGAUGUAACUGCUGCUCACUGUAGUGCAGAGGUAUGGGCCCUGUCUGUUUAAAGGUGAUUUCUCCCCUUCAAAAGCCCACAUCCCGCUAACCACGCAUGUGUGACUUCAAUAUUUAAUAAAGGGAUACUCUUUGAAUUGUACUGUUCAAA